UUCAUCCUUCUGCUGUUCUGACUGUCUCUCUGCUUCUGUAUCUCUGCAGACAGCAAGAAGGCAUACGUAGAGAGAGAGAGAGAGAGAGAGAUGAGGGAGAGUGAAUAAUACCUACGAGCUCACCAAACCCUAACAGGCUCCAUUUUCUCCGACAAUGGAGAACCUCUCGCAUUCUCUCCGCCACAACAAGCUCUCCAGGAAGCCGUCACACGCCAAUGCGGCGGCGAAGGGCAUCUACGACGACGUCUUCGGGGGCCCCCCGAAGUUCGGGGUCCCCGCAGCGUUGUCCCCGCGCGCCGAGGACUACAAGGAGAUCUUCGGCGGGUUCCACGCGCCGCGCGUGUCGUCGAUUCCGGUGCUGGAUCUCCCGGUGGUCGACGAGCCGGAGGUGUUCUUCGACGUCCGGAGCCCCGGCUUCGACUACUCCGAGGUGUUCGGUGGGUUCAAGGGCUUGGACUUCGCGCACGGGUACGAGGAGCUGUUCGGCCAGUGGCGCGGUGGCUCCGCCGGUUGUGGGUCCAGCGACGAAGCCUGGACCCCGGCAGGGUCCGGGUCUCUCUCAGAAGAAUCAGACCAUUCAGGAAGCAACCAGGGGCUCUCGAAUGGAGACUCUCACCAUUUGUUUGAUGGAAACAUUGAGUACAACAUAUCGUACCAUAAAGCCAAUCCUAGGAGCAAUGCAGAAAUCACGAAUGGGUUAAGGCGCACUGCUGAGAUACAGGCAGUUCCGGGGUACUGCUACAUGGUUGAUCGCAUGGACCCAUAUCAAUUGAAGGAGAAACACCUUAAGAAGACUAGGUCGGACAACUUGAAUGGUAGAAAUGAUGUUAGACGUCAAAAGGAUUAUGGGAGAAUUAAUUCUUGUCCGGGUGGGGGAUUUGUGACGAUAUCUGAAGUCAGUCUUAGAACUGAGCCCUCUCACUUGCCGCCUCCCUUGAGGCCACCACCUCCUGCAUCAGUGGGGGACAUAAGCAGGCCGGUUUCAAACUGGAAUAGUAAUUCUAUGGAAGAGAAUGGAAGUGACGGUAGUACUUCUUCACCGCCUUUCUUCGAUGUGGAGGUGGAUGCGAGUUCAUCUGCUGCAGCAGUGGCUUCUGCUGCUGCGAUGAAAGAAGCAAUGGUGAAAGCUCAAGCACAACUUAGGAGUGCCAAAGAGCUGAUGGAGAGGAAAAAGGAGGGUAGACAUAAUCGUGCAAGAUCGGGUUCUAGUUGUGAAUUGAGAGAUAUGGGAACAAGGCGUCCCAAUGAAUCGACAGUACAAGGUACAGGUCGCGGAGAAGGCAGUGAGAUUAAAAAUUUCAUUUUGGAAGAUCCUCGAGGUUUAUCGGGCACGAAGUGCUCUGUUCAAGAUUCCUUGGGAGGAGAGAAGCUUCAAAGUCGGCCUAAACAAUCUGAACAGAAAAUGCGAGGCAAAGAAUCAGCACUCAAUGAGAUGUUUGCUCACUUUGAGGAAGCUGGUGAGUGGAAAGAGGCAACUCAGUUCUUUGAACUUGUGAGGGCUGAUGGAUCAGGAGCCGUUCUUGCUCAGACAGAAAAAGAGAAGGAUUUGUCUGAGAAAGUGAGAACUCGUGACAAUGGAGAAAUGGAACAAAUAAUAGAGGGGUUUGAGGGGCAAAAUUUUAAUAAGAAGAAAGCAUCAGCUCAGAAAAGAGUACCUAAUGAGGAUUACGUGCCAGAUGCUAAGAAUAUAAGUGCAAAAGCAGCUAAAGAGGUGAGUGUUGAAAAAAAUAUCGAGAAAAAUGAAAAAGCAGCUCAAGAUAUUGGUCAUUGGGAGGAGGCUAAAACGACACAUAUGAAGCCACUACGUGACAGAGAUACAGUUAUGAAGUUAAAUGGAUCUGAUAGUUCAGAAGAUCGUGAGAGCUCGAAUGAUGUUCUUAUAGAAGUGGUUCGCGAGUUUGAAGUUAGGCAGGUGAUGGAGAGCAAAAGAGAUGGUUCAAAAUCCAAGAAGUCUAGUGGAAGACUGGAAGCUAAGGAGAAAUGCACUGAGGGUCAUGGAAAGGGACGCAACGAGAAGAGAACAAAAGAUUCUAUUGAGAGGGAAGAGAAAGAGAGAAUACAUGAAUCAGUCAUAGAGCCAACAGGAAAUGAGAAAAGACGUCCAGAGUUAUCCAGGCAUGAAGAAGAUGAGUUUAGCGGAAGGGUAAAUCUUGAGUAUGCCUGGGAGGAGGCCGCAGAAAGAGGAGAAAAUGAACGGAGAUUAAAAGCAGCACUUGAGCUGGAAGAGUACGGGAAGAGAAUGAGAGAGGUUUUUGAGAAGGAAGAGGAAAAGAAAUUGAAGGAAGCUGAUGAACUGGAAGAAAAUAAGAGAAAAGUGAAGGAAAAUCUUGAGUUGGCAGAAAACAAAAGGAAGCAGGAUGCUGCUGCUAGAGAAGAACGAGAAAGGAGAUUAAAAGAAGCACUUGAGCGGGAAGAGAAUGAGAGGAGAUUCAGAGAGGCUCAUGAGAGGGAAGAAAAUGAGAAGAAGCUGAGAGAAGCUCGUGAGCAGGAAGAGAUGGAGUGCAGGAGAAAAGAGACUCUUGAGCAGGAAGAGAGGGAGUGCAGGACAAAGGAGGCUCGUGUGCAGGAAGAGAAGGAGAAGAGACUGAAGGAGGCUCUUGAGCGGGAAGAGAGGGAGUGCAGGAGAAAGGAGGCUCUUGAGCAGGAAGAGAAGGAGAAGAGGCUGAAAGAAGCUCUUGAGCGGGAAGAGAGGGAGUGCAGGAGAAAGGAGGCUCUUGAGCAAGAAGAGAAGGAGAAGAGGCUGAAAGAAGCUCUUGCGCGGGAAGAUAGGGAGCGGAGGAGAAAUGAGGCUCUUGAGGAGGAAAAGAACAAGAGGCUGAAAGAAACACUUGAGCAGGAGGAGAGUGAGGAGAGAUUAAACGAAGCCAGUGAAAAAGAACAAAUGAAGAAGGGGCUGGAAGAAGCUCAGGAAGUGGAAGAAAAUGAGAGGAGACUCAGGGAGGCUCAUGAAAGAGAGGAAAUUGAAGAGAGAAUUCAUGAGGCUAAGGGAAGAGGAAACAGUGAUAAUAAUCUUCAAGAGGCUUCUCAAGAUGAAGAUAAUGGCAGCAAUGUGCGAGAUUCUUGUACAGAUGAAAGGAUUGGCACCAGAUCUGAAAGGGACUAUGAUCAGGGAGAACUUGAUGAUGCAGUCAGGGACACGUUCGAGUUGGAAGAACUUGAUAAAUGGCUCAAAGAAGCAGUUGAUGUUUUAAGUGAACCUGAUGAGAAGGGUGAAGAGUGCAUGCGGAAUGUUGAUGUGAAUAUUCGAUCAGAUUUUCCAUCCUCGGGUUCUGAGCAAGUCUCAAGAGAAUCAAGAGCUUCUGUUGAUGCUUCUAAUGAUGAUGGGGAUCGAAUUAUGUCUGAAUCUCAGAGCAGUAAAAAUAAAUCGCCAGCAGCUGAAAAUGAAGAGCAUGGGUCCAAAGCCGUAGAUUCCACAGAGUCAGCUCGUCCGGAUGAUCUACCGAAACCAACUAAAUGUGAGAAUCCCAAGGUAUUCUCUCAAGUGAGCUACAACUCUACGCAUCGGGAAGAAAAAUCUGCCCAAGAAUGGGGAGAGACGAAAGAGAAUGUUAAGAAGUCCGAGGCUCGCUUUGGUGAAGAUGGACAGAAGGUUGAAAUCCCUCAACCUGCUGUAUUGAAUGCCCAGAGAACAUCUCGACAGUGGCAAAGUGCAAGUCAGGCUGAAGUGAGGAAGGAGAACUUAAAUGGAACGGUUAAGGCCCAAGAGAAAGACGCUGAAAGGUUAAGGAGAGAGCAAGAAAUGGAGAAGGAACGGCUCAGAAAGAUUGAAGAGGAGAGGGAGAGGGAAAGAGAACGAGAGAAGGACAGGAUGGCCGUUGACAGGGCAACCCUUGAAGCUCGAGAGAGAGCCUAUGUGGAAGCCCGUGAGCGAGCAGAGAGGGCUGCAGUAGAGAGAGCCACUGCUGAAGCUAGGCAAAGAUCACUAGCUGAAGCUCGUGAAAGAUUGGAGAAGGCCUGUGCUGAGGCAAGGGAGCGAUCAUUCCUCGAGAAGACCUCAAUGGAGGCAAGGAUCAGGGCAGAGCGAGCUGCUGUGGAGAGAGCCACAGCAGAGGCUCGAGAGCGGGCUGCUUCAAGAUAUAAUGGAAUGAGGCAGAGUAGUUUGCCUUCUGAUUUUCGUGAGUCGCAACUUCAAACUGCUGGCUCUUCAGGCAGUGCGAGAUUUCAGUAUUCUUCUGGAUAUGGAGCUUCAUAUGAUACUGAGAAACCUGAGGGAGUCGAAGGUGAAUCAGCUCAGAGGUGUAGAGCACGUCUGGAGAGACAUCGGCGAACAGCUGAACGAGCAGCAAAAGCUCUCGCAGAGAAGAACAUGCGGGAUCUGCUAGCCCAAAGGGAGCAAGCGGAGAGAAAUAGGUUAGCUGAAACCCUUGAUGCUGACGUCAAAAGGUGGUCAAGCGGGAAAGAAGGAAAUCUACGGGCACUGCUAUCAACAUUGCAAUAUAUACUUGGACCAGACAGUGGGUGGCAGCCUGUGCCCCUAACAGAGGUCAUAACCUCUGCUGCUGUCAAGAAAGCCUACAGGAAGGCCACCCUCUCUGUCCAUCCUGACAAGUUGCAACAACGAGGGGCGAGUAUUCAGCAAAAGUAUAUCUGCGAGAAGGUUUUUGACCUUCUAAAGGAGGCUUGGAACAAAUUCAACUCGGAAGAGCGAUAGCCUGGGCUUUCUUGUGACAGCUGAUUGUGCUGUAGAUCCUACUUCAGUGUAGGCAAAUUUAAGUCGUCUGCUGUAGCAUCUGAAUGUAAAAAAUUAGUCUCGAAGGAAAUAGGUUUGGUUUGAGUAGGAACCAAGAGAGUAAAUAGUGUUGUGUUACAAUUCCGAACGAAUCAGAUGUCAUUUGUUGAUCGUCCAUCUUGUACAGAAAUUCUGGAUGUAAUUCCCCAAAUGGCAAGAAGUUUUUCUUGUCUCUUC